AUGGCGACCACUCAACUUCCCUCAACUACCAGUAUAUCAAAGCCGACGCCCUUGGCCAAGACCCUCACGGUUACCCCUCCGGUCACUCCAAAUGGAAUAAGCGCGGCAGUACACCAACUAGUGGCUGAGAUAAGAGAUAUUCAUUCCAGGCUUAGUGAACUAUCGUCAUUGGCGCCCUCGUAUCAGGUCAACACCCUCUUGACACGCCUGGUAAAUCUAUGUGUGGUGCCUUACAGCGCCGAAUUCACCGCCUACUUUUUCAACAUCUCGGGUGUGGAGCAACUCUGUGAUAAGUUACGUCCAAUAUGUUCCGAAGCCGAAGGAGAACUAGAAAAGUUCCACACAGAGCGAAUGUUGAAAGAACUGGACACCAUCCAAGAAGCGGCCUCGAUUACCACCAUUCUCCAAUCAUUCCCUUACUACGACAACUACGUUGACCUUUCCCGCCUGGAAGCCUCACUCAUCAAUGCCUUUGCUUCCUCCCCACCAACCUCCAUCGCCUUCAUCGGCUCGGGCCCCCUACCCUUGACAUCCCUAUGCUUCCUAUCUCAAUACCCCAACGCACACAUCCACAACGUCGACCGUGACGCUACUGCCCUGCGCCUCAGCGCCGCCCUAUGCACUAAACUGGGCUUCUCGCAACGCAUGAGCUUUACGAAUGAAGACAUCACGCAGGAAGGCCCCGAGACCCAAGUUUCCUGGACGGAAUCCCAGGUUGUGUUCUUGGCUGCACUCGUGGGUACCGAUACGCGAUCCAAGUUGGAGAUUCUGAGGGACUUGGCGGCCAGGUUACAGCCGGGUUGUUUGGUUGUGGCUAGGAGCGCGAGGGGGAUGAGGAGUGUGCUUUAUCCCAUCCUACAACUCUCAGAAGACUUGCAAGCGAUUGGACUGGAAAUGCUGGCUGAGCUGCACCCGUGGACGAAUGUCGUAAAUUCUGCUAUUGUGCUUCGUGUAAAAGAGAGGUGA